AUGUCUCUAUUAUGGGGCCAUCUGCUUGAACGUUUUAAUUUAAGUAGCAAAAGAUUACAAUCUGUUGAUAUGGAUUUGGUUAAAAUUGCUGAAAUAUAUCAAUCAUUGGUUUGUUAUGUGAAUGACUUACGAACAGAUAGUGAAUAUGAAUACUACAAAAAGUUAGCGAUUGAAAAGUGGGGAAUUGAAGACUUUGAAGUACAAAGAAACGAACAAAGAAUAGAAAAACAUUUAUUGAUGAUGGUCCAGCUACAGAUGAUAGCAAUGCAAUUGAUUUUAAAGUCACCACUUAUCUGGCUAUCUUGGAUAGAAUUCAGGCUGAGCUCAUAA